AUGGGUGACGCUGAGGACGUGAACGGCAGUAGUGGAGAUGGUACCAUCAACGAGACAGCACCUUCUCCACCUGAGACGUUCAAACUCAUCCAUGAGUUCACCCCCUACUUCGUCACAGCUAUGACAAUCAACGGCAAGACUUAUGGCGGCAUCAACGAGGCCACCUUGGCUGGCAACGACUCUAGUAUUGCCCCGGUCGCACGCCUCAACCCACAUUAUGGUGCAAAGAACCUUCUCGGAAAGCUGGUAGUCAAGGUCGUUGCUGCGCGUUAUCAAGACCCAGUCACCCUCAAGCCAGCCGAGCUCUCGAACCCGCACGGAUUCAGCCACCAUCAGAUCUAUCUCAACAUGUCUCCUAUGGGAAUGUCGGAGAUCGAGAUCGUACAUGUCACGAAGGAGUCACUGCCACAGGGCUUCCAAAAGCCUGCAGGUUUCGACAUUGACAAAUUCAAUGCUGAGAAAUUUUCCUUCGUCCAUCUCCAGAUCGAUCCUGCAUACCUACAAUGGUUGGAGUUGCAAUUCCGAAGCUAG